AUGCUCAAACCCAAACAGAUAAGGCCGGGCUACAUCCCCCGCUAUUUUGACGUGGCUGUCAAUCUGUGCGACGACAUGUUCAAGGGAAAGUACAGGGACAACGAGCAUCACGACCCGGACUCGGACUCUGUUCUAAGAAGAGCACGGUUGUUGAACGUCGACCGUAUUCUUCUCACUGGCUCGUCGUACCAGGAAUCGCGGUGGUCGAUCGACGAGGCUCGUCGCAUCAACGCGAUCGGCGACCUCUCGCAGUAUCCCCAGCUCUAUGCCACCGUGGGCGUGCAUCCGUGCACGGUUCUUGAGUUUGAGCCAGAUCCAGAAAGACACCUCGACAAAAUUCGACGCCUGAUCAAGGAAAACUUGCACGACGGCACCAUCCAGGCGUUUGGAGAGAUCGGGCUUGACUACGAUAGACUGCACCAUACGCCGAUGGAGAAACAGAAACAGUACUUCGAGAUGCAGCUGAAACUGGCCACCGAAUUCAGUCUGCCGCUUUUUCUACACAUGAGAAAUGCGCUCGACGACUUUCUGAGUAUUCUACUUCCUUUCAUAGACGGAAGCAGAAAGGACGGUCUGAUUUUGAAAAAUAAAAAUGUGCUGGUACACUCGUUCACCGGGACGGAACAGGACCUGGAGAGGAUAUUGGAGCACCCGUCGUUUUUUGUCAGUGUAAACGGCUGCUCGCUGAAAACGGCGGAAAAUUGUGCGGUGGCAGCCAAAAUCCCCUUGGACAGACUGCUGAUCGAGACGGACGCUCCGUGGUGUGAGGUCCGGCGCACACACUCGUCCUACGACAAUAUCACCAAAUGUCCAAACGAGUUUUAUCCCUUUGAAUAUAAUAUUCCUCAGGAGCUCUUGCCGAAGACGACUGCGAAAAAGGGAAAAUUGGGCCUUAACGAGUUUCUGCCGAUUCCAAUGGUCAAGUCCGACAAAUUGGCCUCUUUCCUCCAAUCAGAGGACAGCAAGAAACUGGUAGAGCCAAUGAUCAAAUCCAGAAACGAGCCGUGUCUCGUGGGCCAGAUCGCCGAAAUCAUGGCGAAACUGAAAAAAACAGAGCCACAAAAAUUAAUAGACUCUUGCUACCGAAACUCUCUCCGGUGGCUGAACUUAUCAUAG